UAAUUCUUGUAUGUUCGACCGAAAUGGCCACAACUUUUCACACUUAUGACCCAGCUUCACGGUCGCAGCAGUCACAGCCAAAAGCUUGCGAGGCAUGCUACUCCCGGAAGGUCAAAUGUGACCAGACUGGCAUCGAACCUUGCCGCAACUGUCUGACACACGGUGUGGAGUGCCGCUCAAGGAAUCGAAAACGCAAAGCAGCAGACCACCCUGGACCAAACAGGCCAUCGCCUGCCCAGCAACCUGAGCCACAACGACAGGAGCAAACUCAGAAGCAGAAGCAGCGCAACGGCAAUACCACAAGUGGUCGAAGCAAUCAACCCGUACCGAUUCCACGAGGCCCUUCCCAGCAUCUGGAUGACAAUAAGGACGUCUCUGCCCCUUUGCUGUUCAUCGGUCGCCAGAAUUCGCUGGCCAGCAGCCCAGGAACAACCGCGAAUGCCCAGCGGUCCUCCCACGAUGAGUUUCAUAAUGCUAGCUAUAUGUCCCGAUCUGCCAUCUUAGGCGAUGACUUCCCCAAUAUUGAUCACUCCAACGAAGAUCAGCCAGUCCGCCAGCACAAACUAUCAGCCACAGAGUUACAAGUCCUGCAUUUGUACCAUGCUUUCGACCUCCCAGAGCUCCCUCUUCGCCAAAGCCUGUUGGAAGCAUUUGAUGACAAAGCAUGGCCGUGGAUGCCAAUAGUCGAUGUCAAAUCACUAGGAUCAUCAUCAUCUGAUGGCGAGGGUUCGCUCCUCCUAUUGCAGGCUGUCCUGCUAGUGGGAUCGCUUAUGCGCCCAGAGACCGUCAAUAAGGCGACACAAGACGCUUACUACCAGCGCGUGAAGGCGUUAAUCAACACUGGUUACGAGAGAAACCCACUGAACAUCAUAGCAUCAAUGUGCCUAAUGCAGUUCUACACUCCAGCCGCGCCACGAGACAUCUCCACUGAUACGGCUCGUUAUUGGGAAAGCUGUGCCCUCGGCAUUGCACAGCAGAUCGGUCUCCAGCGGCAGCCUGAUACAAAUAAGGAAGAUUUUGGCCUCCGACGACGAAUCUGGUGGACUUUGUUCAUUAGGGAUAGUUUGAUGGCUACGGCCCACGGACGUCCCCGUAUGCUCAACCUGGCAGAUAGCACCAUGGAACAACCAUCGGUCAAUGAUUUCGACGAUCCUACUGAUGUUCGCGCCUACAUUUUUGUGGCGUACCAGGAGAUUACGUGUCUCCUUUACGACCUCUGCAAUUUUCUGACCAAGGACAAGCAGCCAGCUACGGAACGCAGUCAAAUCUUGCAGAGACUAGUUAACUUUUGCCGAAACCUUCCUGACGCUCUGCGCUUGCAAGAUCCGGACGGCUGGCAGCGGCCCUACGACUUCGAAAUAGCUCAAUUGCAUGCUCCGUUACUGACCACGAUCUUGGUCUUUUAUCGGCCUCGAUCAGUCUUCGCCAUUGCCCCUGAGAAUGCAGCGAGCAUUUCGGCUUCAAACCUGAUGUUCAGAAUUCUACAAGCCAUUCACUUGCGGGAAGAUACACGCUACCUGGCAUCGCCCUUCUCUUUCUAUGGGAUGGUAGCGGCUAUCCCCCACCUAUCCACGUUGCGUGUAGCAGGACUGAGGGCUGAAGCUGACGUCGCCUUGGACUUGAUAGAGGGCUUCCUUGAUAAGCUCGGUAGCGCUCGACCGGCGGCAGCGAACAAUGUACGGAACGUGCGUGCGAUCAGGAAGGCCAUUAAUUCCGACGACCAUGCAGGCUCAAAAACAACCCGGACCCAAGAGGCGAUUCACGAUCAGGCUUCGUUGGCCGCUGCCACCGAAAUGCUCGGCGGACUCUAUGGCACGCCAGCCAUACAGAAUCUGCAAAAUAUCAGCACUAUCCUGAAUACCUCGGUGGAGGCUUCUCUUCCCGACACAGAGCAGACUGAAAUACAGCAAGUGUACCCAACACCAGAUCUGAACGGCAUGGUUAUGGAUGAUCAUCUAGAUAAGCAACCGAUAUUUGACAACGACCCGAUGGCACUGCCUACGAUAGCCGACUUCGGCGAUGGCUUUUCGCCUGUCUUGACGAAUCAUUUCCAGGAGAAUACUUGGAUGCGGAUGUGGGUCGAUGAUUUGGGAUUAUUCCCUGAAUAACCCAGAAAUUUCGACCCCUUAGUUACACUAGACUGAUCUCCCUGAAGCUUUGCAAGUAUCCUAUCUAUGCCCUCUCCGUCCACCACGACCUCAUUACUGCGGUAGUCUGGAUUCACCACUAGCUCUUUGAGAGGGUUGAUCACAUGAGCACGAUAUUACAAGUCUUCGUACACUCCUCCAUUGUGGCGGCCCAAGGCACUAGGUUAGUCAGUUCUGGUUGUUUGUUGUCAAUUGAUUCUCUUACCUGUCAAGGAGAUAGUCAGGCGAAGCAAAUGAAUCCACCAGUCGGACGGCAUGAGGUCGGAUCUGCUGCAUCAACCCAUAGAUUUGGUCUGGCAACCCGUCCAGCAUCUAUGAAGAGACAACACCAGAGCUCUGGAAUUCACGCGCCUCUGCGUCUAUCGUGUACAGCGCGAAGAGCCGGAACAAUGCUCGAAGUACCUCUGUCUCCUGACGCCUCAUCUCGGCUUUAGAAACCGCUUCGUGGAAGUUUUCGACCAGCAUGGAUUGCGAGCAUGCUGCAAUAACGUCAAUACCCGCAAGGACAUGCGAAUCAUACAACUUACCUCGACUCAGCUUGUGUAGCGUGCUCAGCAGGCUGUUCCAUGAGUUUUUCUGUUCUUCCCGAGCCUCAUAAGCUUUCUACGCAAGCCACGAGGCUCGCCAUUGGAACGCUAGGACAAUCUGGUUGCCAUCAUCAAGCUUUGGGAACUUCGGUGGUGACCUCCUGCUCACCGGAAACUCGCCCAGACUCUUGUCUGUCCGACUCUGAGUCGCAGCCUCUGCAUUCAAGGAGACUGAGGUGGGUUUGACCGUUAUCUAAGUACUUGACGGUGAAUGCGUCUGUCUGCUG